CAGACGAAAUUGUUUCCUAGUUCCUGCAGAUACGAUAUAUUAGCAGACAUCUGAAGUGCUGCUAUGUUAUUCAGGUCAUUGGUUGCGAGCGCCUGCACACUCGGUGUACUGGGAGCAGCUGCUACGUAUAAACUUGCUCCUGCACAGGUUCGCUCAGCAUUCCUCCAUUCCUAUAGGAAGUCUGCGGUUGUGGCCCAGUCCGACAUGAAGAUAGAACUGCUGCCCGCGUUGACAGAUAAUUACAUGUACCUGCUCAUUGAUGAAGACACCAAGGAAGCUGCCAUCGUUGACCCCGUCGAACCUGGCAAGGUUGUAGAUGCCAUCAAGAAACAUGGAGUCAAACUUACCACUGUGUUAACAACUCAUCACCACUGGGACCAUGCUGGUGGUAAUGAAAAGCUGGUGAAACUAGUACCAGGACUGAAGGUGUACGGUGGUGACGACAGAGUGGGAGCCCUGACUCAGAAAGUGACUCACUACAACACGUUCAAAAUUGGGUCUCUUAAUGUGAAAUGCCUGUUUACUCCAUGCCACACUAAGGGGCACAUCUGCUACUUCAUCACUAAGGACAAGAGCUCUGAGCCCCCAGCGGUUUUCACUGGUGACACAUUGUUCAUUGGCGGCUGUGGGAAGUUCUUUGAAGGCACCGCAGAUGAGAUGUACAAGGCAUUGAUUGAAGUCCUCGGACGCCUGCCCCCAGAAACGAGGGUCUAUUGUGGACAUGAGUACACCAUCAACAACCUCAAGUUUGCACGUCACGUAGAACCAAACAAUGAGGCCAUCCAUAGAAAACUGGCCUGGGCCAAGGAGAAAUACGACAGUGGAGAACCGACCAUCCCCUCAACCAUGGCUGAGGAAUUCACAUAUAACCCAUUCAUGAGAGUAAGGGAGAAGUCUGUGCAGGAACAUGCCAAGAAGACCGACCCCAUCGACACCAUGGGGAGCAUACGUAGAGAGAAAGACAACUUCCGGGUCCCCAAGGACUGAGCAUCCAUCACGGGUGGGGGUGGGGUUGGGGGGCGGACCCUGAGAUGAUGCCAUCUCUGAAUGAAAACAAAAACAAACAAAAAACUUCUCACUACAUAGCGUUUCAUUACACCGCAGGCCGUUACUAAUAAUAAUAGCAAACACUUUGCGCUCCCACAAACGCAGAACACACAGGAGAUGCCGAAUUUACAAGCCUGACUUUCCUCGCAGUCUGUCUGCAGAAGCUGUGGGCAACAUUUCAACCAUGCAGCCAAACUCACAAAAGGAUACGUACCCAGAAUUCAUGUUGCAGCAGGGAGAAACUGGAUAUGUGAAGCACUGUCUAGGUGUGUAAAUGUGUUGCAGUUUUUCAACAUUGAAUACAGUGUUAGUAUGAGAAAACAUGGAUUUAAGCAAAUGCGCUACUGUUUCUUUGUAGAAUGAAUGUAAAAAAGAUUUCUAUUUUACUAAUGACUGAUGACUCAGAUUGGCACUUUUCCAUGAUGCUAAAGAGCAAGAAUAUAUUCAUAAGGGCAGGGAUAAUAUAGAUUUUAAGAUGUAUGUCUUAACUGGUUGUGCAAUUUUGUUUUUUGCUUUUUUAAAAAAAAAAUAUUUCAGGGAGACCAGAGUAUGGAAGUGUUUUGGCUUCUGUGUUGGAUCAAAACUAUCAACAGAAUGGUAAAGCUCUCUGUUCAAAAGUAUUUUAUUCUUUUAACAACUUCAUUUAUGUGUGUAGACAAUGUUCUUGUGAUGCAUGUAAGAAUUGUUUUUGAUGGAGAUGGGAUUAUAAUGUUCAGGUUUUGUAAGGGUGGGACAGAGGAGUGUCUGUUUAUUUCAAACCUGUGUGUGUACAAUUCUCUAUUAUUUGCAAUCGUUUCAUCCUUAACUGACUUAAUCGCAAACAUGUAAUUAAGUAAUUAACAUGAAUAUAAGUAUAAAUGCACCAGAUUAUUUUUUCACGUGUCCUUAAUGUUUAAAGAAGUGAAAGUUGCUAGAUAAAGGACAGAAUAUACCACAAUGUUACGUAAUGUAGUGUUGAAUUAAUGGGUCCUGUGUGCAAGGCGUUUCCAAAAUGUCAGCAAUAAAGCACUUGAUAAAUAAUGCUUCACGACAUCAUAGUGUGUCCGCUUCACGUUUUUCACCGAUGAUGUAAUACGAGCGUCUGGUAGCCGGUUUCUUUGAUUUGGGUUGUGUGCGGCGCAUUAAGAAUAGGACCAAUUGUAUAGGAUAAAAAAGACUGUUUUGGUGAU